CGCUCCCGGUUCGCAAUCAAAGAUGUUGCCUUCCCUUCAGGAGUCCGUGGACGGCGAUGAGAGAGAGCUGGAGAGCAGCGAGGAGGGAGGCGGUUUGCCCGAGGAACGAAAACCGGAGCGUAGCAGCAACAGUUACCACUGCUUGUACGGCUACCGAGGCUCCGGGCUCUGAGUUGCACUCCGGUUGAAGUGAAUGGAUCUGAAGAAAGGACAGAGAAGGAUAUUAACAGGUUCCUUCGAGCAGUGAGUCUUCAAGCUCUGGUCAGGGAAACGAUGACAACCUCCUUAUGCACAGCCGCAGCUACAGAGGAGCAAUGCAAAUCCAUGGUGAUUGACUUGAAUAGUCCACAGCUUUGCUUCCAUGGUGCAGGAACAAAUAGGUUCUGUGAAGAUUGGACACAAGCAUUUCUGAAUGUUUCCGAAGGGGGGAAUCCCUUCCUUUUUCGGCAAAUACUGGAAAAUUUUAAAUUGAAGGCCAUACAGGACGUCAACAACCUGAAGCGGUUCAUCCGGCAGGCAGAAAUGAGCCAUUAUGCCUUGUUCAAGUGCUACCUGUUUCUCAAAAACUCCGGCAGCGGCGAUGUGCUCUUGAAGAUUGUCAAAGUAGAAUACGCAGAAAUGCAGGAAGCCCAGAAUGUCAUCAGUGUGCUGGAAGAAUUCAUGAGGGACCAGCUGGGAGCUUAACUCAUCUUUCUGAACCGAGGGAGGCUUGUCCAGGACCAAGCCAGCCUGCUUCCCUGUAGAAUCACAGUGCUUGAGCGUGCAGGCCCGUUUUGUGUUAAAUCAUGGGAACUUCAUCGUGGAGGGCUGCGCUUAGUCCUGGCUCCCCAUAAUACACAAACAUGUGGUCCAAAAAAGAAAACCCUUCUCACAGCAUCUACUGUGAGGUUGAGUUAAAUUGGUAUUUGUUGGUAUGGGAACAAGCGGUGUGUUCAGGCGCUCACCCUCUUCCCUGCUUUCCCGUGCCUGUCUGGCUUGUAAAACCACAGUUUGUUUCUCUAGGGCAG